GACAAGGUUGCACCGUCACUCUAACGACCUUCACGUUAUGAAUGCAUGGAUAGUUGAAUGUCGAGGAAGUUUUAUUGUAUUGCCGUUCAGCAAUGGUAAUCACGAAUCUCCUCUGAAGAAUGGUAAUCCGUGUCUUUCCAUGUAAUAGCGAAACUCGCAUUUUCCACAUUUUCUGGUGCAUUUCUGAAGAGAUCAUACCUGCUGAUGCUAAAUACAUUGCUCCUCACUGCCUCCGCCCCGAGUUCCUGAGCUCAAAAAUGUUUUCCGAUUCUGCCAGAGGCUGUGAACGGCUGACAACCUUCUUCUCGCACACCACGUUCAUUCCAUGUUGACAUAUGGCUUCUACCACCAUGGCUGUGGUCGUACAAGGUCAUCCGGACUUAUAGCAACAUAGAUUUCUACCCUUGUUCUGUCCAAGUGCCUCACAUGCAAUGAUAAAAGGGCGAGAAGACUCUGACUGGUCUCCUCCAAGGGCCUCCCUAAGGCCAUUUCCUCCCUACCCUAUCUAUUCAUUAAAUUUUUUCCCUUCCGCGUUUUCAACAUGCCUUCCAAUUCCCGUCACGUACAGUUCAACCCUAAUGUGACCGUCUUUAUAAUUUCUUCCGAUGACAAACCCGCCGCCGAACCCAUCACCACCAAUUCUUCUCUUAGGUCUUUAAUUGAGGUCUGCGAUCUUCGUGCGUCGUCCUACUCUGCUACUCCCGACACCCCUCAGGCAUCACCCAUUCGCUGGGACGUAUCCACUCCGCCUCCCUUGUCGAACAUACAGUGGACCUCAGCUGUCAUUCAGGCCAGCAUUCUCGACAAGUUGUGUCAUAGCAAUGCAGACGACGCCAUUGAAGUCACCGUCAGUACCCCUUCCUUCCUUGCCAAGGUCCCCACCACCUCCUAUGUCAACCUCUUCCCGCCCUUCGUUUGGGAGCGAGGACAAAGCCUCUUUCGAGUCGUUUACGACUACUUCAAUUCGAAGGUUGCAUCAUCAGAGUGGCAGCGCAUGCCGCCCGAAUGGCGAAACAUCGCUGUUCAAGCACGCUUAAAGCAUUGUGGCAGCGAUAACGAGAAGAAGGCUGAAGGCAUUAAGAGAGUAGACCUCUUGGGCUCUACCAAACUUUUCGGAGGGUUUGAAGCUGAUCCUGAAAGUGAUGGUUUGGUCCUUGUUCUUCGCAAUAAGGACGGGUCGUUGUGAAGACGCUUCUUCCCCCUUCCUCCUAAUGACUACAUCAUUCUUGACUGCCGUGAUUGUGCCGGCUAAUGCACCUCCCAUAUUCGUUCUUUGGGUAAUGGGCCCACUACACUCCUUUAAACUGAUUUUAUCUACCGUACUCUCCCCUCCUAACCUCACGAUAACUACACGACUAUUAACAACUUUGGGAUAUGGUAGAUGACCCUGAUGACUAACUCUUCACCUUCUUGUAUCAUAGCUUUUACUGUACAUAACAUGUAGCGAUUAUGUCUCCGGUUUUCAAGCCUUGAAUAUAACACCCCCACUCCGCCAUUUAUUCACUUUC